AUGAGUUAAUUUUAAAGACCUACUUCAUCAAGGAAAGGCACUAAUAAUCUUCCUGUGUAAUAAGGAGAUUUGGAAGAAUAUAUUCAAAUAUUAUAUGAUCAUUAAAAGAGUUGUGAGAAGGCUGGAAAGUAUUUGGAAGCAGAUUAGGCCAAAAAAAGAUUGGCGGAAUUAAAGAAGGAAUUAGAAUUAAAAAACAAAGGAGAUGUCAAGGAUAGACAUUGUUCAGAGAAAUAAGAGAUUGAGAAAGCACAUCUUGAGGAAUUUAAUUAAUUUAAUUCAUUUUGGGAUGAAAAAAUGACAGAGUUUGAUAACGAGGCUCAAAAGGUGAAGGAAUAAACACUUCAAAGACACGAGGAUGAACUAAGAUAAUUUUCUGAAGAAUUGGAGAAUUCACUUCCAGUAAAACCCAAGGAUUCAGCUGAGCUUUUGGGUUUGAGAAAGACUGAAGAAUAAUUGGCUAAAUAAGAGAAUUAUUUGGAGGCUCAUAUGAUUCAAUCUCGAAUUUAGGCAUAAGAAAGAGACGAAUAUGAGAAGUGGACCUCAUGUAGGUAAUAGAAGAUAAGAAAUCUGAUUACACAAUUGAGAUAGAAAUAAAUCAAUGAGUUGAAUGCUCUGACAUAGAGAAUAUUGAGCGGAUAAGAAGAAUAAAGAAAAAUUCGAUCUCAAGAAUUAGAAAAGUUACUUUAAAAAUAUCAAAAUGUGAGAAAAGAACUUGAAAGCCAAUAAACCCAAGAAAUAACCAGACUAGACAAGACUAGUAAAACUUAAUCUAUUAUGUAACAAUCCAGGAUGAAUCAAUCAAGGAUGCAAUCAAGUUAAGCCAAGGAUGAGAAUCAUUAAAAUACUAUAAAUAUAUAUAAAUUAAAAUUCGGAAUGGGUUCAGCAUGUAUUAAAAAGCAGCCACAUCCUCAGAGAUAACAAUAACAACGACAAAUCUAAUCUCGAUAAUCAUAAAGCACAAAUUUGUCGUCACAAUAAAACACGCAACGUCGAGCUUCAGAAUCUCAAUAACAAUAAUAACACUAAUAACAAACUAACCAGAUACAAAUCAAAGAAAACUCAUCCAAACCUCUUAUAAAUAGUGGAUUUACUUCACCAAGAUCUGAUUUAAACGAUAAGUCAAUGCUUAGCAAGAACGACCUUACUAAAGUUGAACCCUUAAAGCACCGCUUUCUCUAAUAAGAGUCAGACAGCUACCUUUUUAAAAAUAACGACGCCCCAGAUUCAGAUAUAGCAAUAUAGGUCAAAGAACCAGAUAUAACAAACCCAAAGGUAGACAAAGUAUUAAAAUCUCUCCCUCCCUUUCAAUAUGAUCCUGAUUUGAACAAAAAAUUCAAUGAUUGCAUCUCAUUACCACCUCAUUAAUUCAUUAGCACAGGGAUUAUAUAUGUUGGACAAUGGAGAAAUAAAUAAAAGCAAGGCAAAGGACGUUAAUAUUGGCCAGAUGGAACUUAUUAUGAAGGGUAUUGGUAGAACCAUGGGGCCAAUGGUAAAGGAAGGUUGAUUCGUUCCGAUGGUUCCUAUUAUGAAGGAGAUUGGCUAGAUGACUUAUAAUGCGGAUUUGGUAAAAAUGUAGAUUCAGAAGGAAAUUUGUAUGAAGGAGAAUGGAAGGAUGAUGAGAAAGAUGGUCAAGGAACAGAAAAAUGGGUGUCUGGAGACACUUAUUCCGGUCAAUAUUAGGGAGGUAUGAAACAUGGCAAUGGGAAAUAUAUUUGGUCAAAUGGAAACUGCUAUGAGGGACACUAUUUCAAAGAUUAGAUCGAUGGAUUUGGCACCUACAAAUGGCCAGACGGUUAGGUCUAUACUGGAGAAUGGGCUAAGGAUUAAAUGUAUGGGAAAGGUACGUUUAUUUGGGUGAAUGGAAAUAAAUAUGUCGGCGAUUAUAAAGAGGAUAAGAAGGAAGGUUAUGGUGUUUUCUCCUUUGCCGAUGGGAAAACCUACAAAGGAGCUUGGCAUAAUGGAAAACAACAUGGAAAAGGAGUGUUAAUUGAAGCUGAUGGGAUGGAAAUAGUUGGAGUGUGGGAAAAAGGAAAAUUAGUUUAAUAAGAGUGA